AUGACAACUCAAACAGCAACAGCUGAUGUUCCUGAGCCGGGGGGCAAUGCGAGCGCAAGGACCGUCUCCGAUGUCCAUUUCUUUCGUGCAGGGAGCCUCGUUGCGAUCUCCGGCCUCAAUUCGAAGCCAGAGCUGAACGGGACUUUCGCAACGGUUAUUUCCAUUGACGAUGCUACAGGGCGAGUUGGCGUGCUGCUUCACGAUGAGUCUUCGAAGAAGAUAACCAACGUCGAACAGAUACCGAAGUCGAGCAGUGUGAAAAAAAUCAGUGCGAAGCCGACAAACUUGGAGCUCAUCGAACUUUCGUACUUCCUUGCUACGCACAUCGGUGACCUGGAUCGGUUCCAGCGCCUCGUUCGUGCGAUAGCUAGCAUCUGCGAGCAGGAAUCCACCUACGGAAUUCGUCCACGUCUCUUCGUCAGCUGGUCUGCGGGGAGUGAGGAAGGCCGGUUACACUUGCAGAAGUACUUCCAAGAUGCGGCCGCACACCUACGAUCGAGCUGCUUGCUGGAAAGCUUCGGCACUGGCCGCGACAAAAAAUCCCAAUACGAACACAUGGAAAUCAUCUGGAACAGCACAGCCUGCGCGAAAUUGCGCGCGAGGGUCGAAGAUCACCAUUGGUGGAUCAUUCCACACGACGACGACGAUCUCAGCGGGCCGCUCAAAACGUACCAAUUUUCCAGAGCAGCGAAAAAAUCUUGGCUCAUGGAAAAAUAUUUACACUGCGACAAUCCAAGCCACAUCUGCAGGGCCCGGAUUGGCGUUCUGGACGGAACAGCGCUUAUUGUAGAUCUGCCCGCUGAUUUUCGCCGAGCUGACCCGGAGCGCGGUGUAGAAAAGCCGCGCAACGCCUCAUCCAGCCAGCUUAAGCCCGAUGGAAGUCUCCGCGAAGAGGUGCUUGAUCAGAUCGCCGAAGAAUAUGGCCAGUCGUCCUGUAGUGCUAGUGAUGGCGCUGAUAGAGGAGCAGGGAAAAAAGCCGGCAUGUUGAAGUGCAAUCUAGAGCCAAACACGCCAAGCGACAUCAGUGGUCUUAUCCGCCGAAACGUGAUACGCUUUUCGAAAGCGGGCUGUGCUGAAGUUUUCGGAUUUGGCGUUCGCGCAGCUGUUUUCGCAGAUUUUAUCGCGAACUGCGGCAAGGACCUUCUCAAGUGCAAGUUUUGCGACCUUGCGCUCUACUACUUCCUGAAGCACCAGAUUCGGUUACGAAAGCGUAGCACAGCGGUGCAGUGCAUCAUUGACCGGGCUGUGACGAAAACCCAUCAGCAACUUUUGUGCUCUUUUCAAAACCUCGACGGACCUGCUGCUGCAUCUGCUGACAUUCAGACCCAACCAGUUGACGAUGUCGAUGCUGUCACACCGCAAGAAGUGGACGACCAGAGGAAUGCGAAGGAUACAGACGUGACUACGUUUUUCGAGCUCAGGCUGGAGCGCUUGCCGAACCUAGGCGAUUCCAAAAGCUGGCUGCAUUUUUACCGCAGAGCGUUCAAAGAAAAGAGCCAGCUAGAUACAGAGAGCAUGACGCAGAUCAAGGACGAGGACGAUACCCCUGAUGCUCUAUCACAAGUAUUCAGCGCCGACGAGCUGCAUGCGUGUUCCUCCCUGACACCACCCACGCAGUGGGACUUGAACCUGAUGAAGCACGACACGUACAGCCUUCACGUGACGUCAAGCAUGCACUACCUGACUGAAAACGUGCGCAGCUACUUCUUUGCAGGAUACCGUGAUGCCGUCGAACUCUUCCUGAUGAAUUACUACGGUUCGGAGCAGCCGCUGGACAUCCUCAAGCUUCACCGUAUUGAGAUAGUUGACAACAAAGGGCCAAACUGCGGCGGCCACUACUCAUGGCUUCACUUCAUGGAUCCCGAAUGCGAGAUACAGUACCCCGAGCUUUCUCCCGCGCAAACAACGCUCCUGGAAUCCAUGGCGACAAACAUCAUGCUCCAGGAAAGAGCAAGAAGUGCGGGGGAUCGUUCCACUUUUGGAGACGUAGAGGCCGCUGAAGGUAGCGGAAGCCGAGGUGUGUCGACGUCGACCGAAGCGGCCAGCUACGAAACUAGGAUGCGAGACUUCGUCGCGAAAGCUCACGAAAAGCAAAAGAAAAAACAACGAUCCCGCAACGUCGACGCGCUGUCGAGUACCGAAAAAGAGGGGCUGGCACAAAUACUACUGCAAACGCAAUAUGAGCCAAUGGCGGUAUUCGUCGAAGUGAUGAAACUUCUCCUACCGGAUUUGAUGUAUCGCGUCGCGCUCCGCUAUCGGAUGAGAUGCACACCUGAGACGAGACUAGCGGUCAAGGACGCCACUGCGUUGGCAAAUAGGAUCAUAAGAUCGUUGUAUUUGAUCAGAAGCAUUGUGCAAAUGAUGGAAAAGGAAGCGGAAGCCGAAGCCCGGUAAUCAAAAGCAAAAGCAUCAUCAUGGACAUGGUGGUGAAGAGCGCAUCACGAUCUGACCACAAGACUCAAGAUGAUUUACCGAAAAGCCACUGCUCGGAAAAGGUUUUCCUUGCUGUGUUUGCGCGCAUCUAAAAAAGACAUUUACUUACUUAGUUGGAC